GCUGCCCAGCUUGCGAAACCAAGCUGCUGGCAGGUUAAGGGAGCAGGGAGAAGGCAGGUUGGAGGUCCUGCAAAUCAGGACUGCUCACGCACCUGGCAGCAGGGAGACGUGGAAGGCAAAUUCAAGAUGGGCAAGUACCACAUCCGCAGGUAUGAAGAUCGGGACUACGAAGCCGCCCGUACGAUAUUCUCCCGGGGGAUCAACGAACAUGCUCCUGCGGGUUUCCGGCAUGUUCUCUCUUGCCCCCAGACCCACCUGUUGCUCCUGGCCGUGCUCCUUGCCACCUACCUGGGCUCCUCUUCCCUCCUCCUUUCCCUCGGUGCCGUGGCUGCCCUGUUGGCCUUGGGCUGGAUUUUCACGAAGGGCUUCUGGGCGGAGUAUGUGCACGAUGCCCUCGCCAGCGACAUGAAGGACAUCCGCCAGGCAUACCUGGUGCCCAAGGACUGCAACUUCUGGGUGGCGGAGGCUGGCGGCGAGGUGGCGGGCAUCGUCGCUGCCACCUACCCGGUAGACCCGUCUCUGCACGGCAAGGCACUGGAGCUGAAGCGCAUGUCUGUGGCAAAGGAGCACCGGGGCCACGGACUCGGCAAGGCUCUCACCAGGACGGUGCUCCUCUUCGCCCAGGAGCACGGGUACAAGGAGGUGGUGCUGGGCACCUCCAUGGCGCAGGUGGCGGCCCACCGGACGUACGAGGGCAUGGGCUUCCGCAAAGUCAAAGAGAUAUGCCCCACCGCCCUCUGUAAGCUGCUGCGGUUCUACAUCUUCAUCUACCGCUACGAGAUCGGAGGGUCUCGCUGACGCCGGCAACAUGGAGGAAGAGAUUGUGGCCUGUUUGCAGACAGGUGCCAACUAGGGAUGAGGGAGAAAGUUGAUCCGAUGAAUAUUAAAAAUGGGCCUACCUAACAUGCACUGAUUUGCCAAAUAUGCACAUACAGUGGCACCUCGGGUUACGUACUUAAUUGGUUCCGGGUUGCCGUUCGUAACCCAAAAAGUACGC